CGGAACAGCUCAAGACGAAGAACGAUAGCAGGAGCUGCCGGGGAGUUAUAGCGGUUAGAGGAGUGAAGAGUGCAAAUGGGAAAGAGCGGAAAGAAGUCGAAGGCCUUCCAAAGGCAACGUGGCGUUCCUCGUGGAGACGGCUCUGAUGUCUUGCCUUCUUCUGCUUAUGAUCUUUCUGGGGACCAACAAGAACGCGGCGGUGGAGCAGAUGGAGAGGCCGAAGAGGAAGAUAGCAACGGAGGUGGAGGUGCGGAUGUGGUAGAAAACGAGACGUCAGUGGGCGCUUUGUCUAAGUUCGAUCUCUACCAGCAAUCUGUUCAGCGGCCGAAGGGAGACAUAAGCUACUUGCAGAAGUUCUUUCUGAUUUAUGUGGGGGGAAGACGGCCGCUGUACUUACAAGAAGAUUUCUGUGGUACCGGUUUUCUUAG